ACAUAAUAAAUCAAAACCAUGCCAAUAAAAAUCAUCACCAUCAUCAUCAUUACCUUCUCAUUCCCACUAAAAUUGUGUCAAACACCAUGGAAUCCUUAAGAAGAUCCUUCAAAUCUCAAAGCUCAUACAAGCGCUCUUCCUCCCGCAAUCCCUCUUUCGAUCAAGAACAGCAUCAAGAACAACAACCCAUUCUCUUUGACCACCGCGACGAGUUCGUCGUCCGUGUCGACGGCACCACCACCAACAACAACACCAACAACAACACCAACACCAACACCACCUCCGGUGACUUCUUGAUCGAUCCUGGUGGCACUGCAGGAGGAUUUGAAUUCGAUAAGCAGUGGAGAGAGACCUCCAUGGACAUUGAUUUGGAGAUGGACGAGAUCAAGAAGCCGACGAUGAACACUGCAUCGCGGGAGCUGAGAGUUUCAUUUCGGGAUCCGUCACGUAUGUCAUCGUCUUCAUCGGAAGAUGUUGCCCCGUCUAGUGCCGACACCGGUGAUGCUGAGGUCCUCCGAUGCACUGGCAACUCCUCAUUCCGGCGCACAUCAACGCUGCUCCGUGCAAAGACGAGAUCGAGGCUGAUGGAUCCACCGCCGGGAGAGAGCAUGAGAAAAUCUGGGUGGAUUCCCAAAUCCGGGCAGCUGAAAUCAGGGAUGCUCGGCAAAAUAGACGAUGACGAUGAUGAUCCUUUCAUGGAUGAUGAUCUCCCCGACGAGAUGAAACGCGAGAACUGGAGCAUUCUUACAAUUCUGCAAUGGAUUAGCUUGUUCAUUAUCGUCAUCGCCUUCUUCUGUAGCCUCUUCAUCCGCCCUCUUCAGCAGCAAACCGUUUGGGAUCUUCAUCUCUGGAAAUGGACACUGCUCGUGCUCGUCCUCUUCUGCGGCCGCCUUGUCUCUGGCUGGUUCAUCCGCUUCAUCGUCCUCUGCUUUGAGUACAGCUUCAUGCUUCGGAAACGAGUGCUUUACUUCGUGUAUGGCGUGCGCAGGGCCGUGCAGAACUGUCUCUGGCUCGGCCUUGUGUUAUUGGCCUGGCAUUACUUGUUCGACGACAAGGUUGCGAGGGAGACGAGGAACACCACAUUGCCAUAUGUCACCAAGGUCCUUCUCUGCCUCUUGAUUGCUAAUGCUUUCCGGCUCGUCAAGACAUUGCUUGUCAAGGUCUUGGCUUCCUCCUUCCAUGUCAGUACUUAUUUCGAUCGGAUACAAGAGUCUUUGUUCAACCAGUAUGUCAUCGAGGCGCUGUCUGGUCCACCGUUGAUUGAGCUUCAAAGUAUCAAGGAGGAUGAGGAUAGGACACUGGCUGAAAUGCAGAAGCUGCAGAGAGCAGGGGCAACAAUUCCUAAUGAUCUCCGAGCUGCUGUGUUGCCGAGUAGGAGUGGGAGAGUGAUUGGUGGAGGCCCAAGCGGGCGGUUUAGUGCGCAGAGGACGAUCGGCGCAAAGAGUGUGCGCUUCUCCGGCGUUGUUUCAAGAAAGGAUUUCAGCAGGCAGCUGCAGGUGCAGCAGCCACAGGAGGGAAUUACAAUUGAGCAGCUGCAUAAGCUCAAUCAGAAGAAUGUCUCUGCUUGGAACAUGAAGAGGUUGAUGAGGAUGGUGAGGCAUGGGACACUUACGACACUGGAUGAGCAGAUACUGCAGACCGGCACCGGUGCUGAGGAUGAGUCGGCAACUGAGAUACGAAGUGAGAAUGAGGCCAAGGUUGCUGCUAAGAAGAUCUUCAACAAUGUGGCCAGGCCUAGCUCUAAAUACAUUUAUCUGGUGGAUUUGAUGCGUUUCAUUGGAGAAGAUGAAGCUCUGAAAACUAUGAGUCUAUUUGAAGGAGCUCAGGAAACCAAGAAAAUCACAAGAAAGGCUUUAAAGAACUGGGUGAUCAAUGCAUUUAGAGAACGCAGAGCACUUUCUUUAACAUUAAAUGAUACAAAAACAGCAGUAAACAAGCUUCAUCAGAUGGCAAAUGUGGUUGUGGCCAUAAUUGUAUUGGGCAUUUGGCUCCUCAUUCUUGGCAUUGCAACUACCCAUUUUUUUGUGCUCAUCAGUUCUCAGGCACUUGUUGCAGUUUUUAUGUUUGGUAACACUUUGAAGAUGGUCUUUGAAGCAAUUAUAUUUCUGUUUGUCAUGCACCCUUUCGACGUCGGUGAUCGUUGUGAAGUGGAAGGAGUUCAGAUGAUUGUUGAGGAGAUGAACAUACUGACAACAGUUUUUCUGAGGUAUGAUAAUCAGAAAAUCAUAUACCCAAACACUUUGCUAGCAACAAAGCCAAUUAGCAACAUUUAUAGGAGUCCAGAUAUGGGGGAUGCAAUUGAUUUCUGUGUGCAUGUUUCAACUCCUGUGCAUAAGCUUGCAAUUAUGAAAGAGAAAAUAGAAGGGUAUAUACAGAGCAAGAAAGAACACUGGUAUCCAACUCCAACAGUUAUGUUAAAAGAUGUGGAUGACAUGAAUAGGCUGAAGGUGGCCGUAUGGUUGCGGCACCGUAUGAAUCAUCAAGACAUGGGAUUGAGAUGGCAGAGAAGAGAAAUGGUGCUCCAAGAGAUGAUCAAAGUUCUCAGGGAACUUGACAUUGAGUUUAGGAUGCUGCCUUUAGAUGUAAAUGUCCGAGACAUGCCCGCAUUGACCUCCACACGCUUACCGUCUACCUGGAAAACUUUCGGUUAGUCAUUACUAUCUUAGGCAGAAAAUUAUCGCAAUAGAUGAAAAGGUUGUCGAUAAAGAAUACACAAGUUGUCAUUUUACUGAUGCUAUUUUUUGGUCAUGGGCUUGUAGAGUUAUUAUGUUGCUUUUAUCUAACUGAUUUUGUGAUUGGCUGAUGUUGUUGGAAAUAUAUAUGCAUCUGUAAUGAUGAUAGCAAUAUGACCAUUGUUCAUCUGCUAUCUAUUUUAUUGCAAACUCAAUAUUUGA